GCAGGUGGCCCUCCCCAGCCCCGCCGCACCUGCAAUGACGAUCCAUGCUUUGCGGGAGUCAGCUGUACAGACACGCCCACCGGGUUCGAGUGCGGGGAGUGUCCCGCCGGUUUUCAAGGCAACGGAACACACUGCGGGGAUGUGGACGAGUGUCGUGUGGCCACACCUUGUUCCGUGCUGACCACGUGCCAGAACCUGUCCCCAGGGUUCCGCUGUAGGUCCUGUCCCAGGGGGUACACCGGGAACAAGGUAGAAGGGGUGGGCGUGGAGUUCGCCCUCAGGAACAGACAGGUAUGCCGGGAUCUCAACGAAUGUAACGAUGGCAACAACGGAGGCUGUGUGCCGAACUCUGUCUGCACAAACACUAUGGGUUCGUUCCGGUGCGGGCCGUGCCUGACGGGGUACGUGGGGAACCAGACGGUGGGGUGCCGCCCGGGCAGACGCUGCUCCGACGGAGGCACAAACCCGUGCGACGAGAACGCCAACUGCAAGGUCACCAGGCCCGGACAGUACAGCUGUGAGUGCAAAGUUGGCUGGGGUGGAAACGGUUUCCUGUGCGGUCCAGACACAGAUAUCGACGGUUAUCCAGAUGAAGCUCUGCCAUGCUCUGAUAAUAAGUGUCGCCCGGAUAACUGUGUUCUGGUGCCGAACUCCGGCCAGGAGGAUGCGGACGGAGACAGGAUCGGGGACGCCUGUGACGAUGACGCCGAUGGUGACGGCGUGCCUAACAUGGAGGAUAACUGUCCCUUGAAGCCGAACACUGGGCAGCAGAAUUCCGACACGGAUUCAGACGGAGACGCGUGUGACAACUGCCCCAACGUGCCCAACCCCAGCCAGCUGGAUACGGACAGGAACGGCGUGGGUGACGCUUGCGAUAACGACAUUGAUGGCGACAGUAUUCCCAACCUGUUGGACAACUGCCCGAAGAUCCCGAACCAGCGUCAGGUGGACCGGGACGGUGACGGUGUCGGGGACGAGUGUGACAGCUGUCCGGACAACAGUAACCCCACACAGAAUGACAGUGAUGACGACUUGGUAGGAGAUUCCUGCGAUACGAACGAAGACCAGGAUGGCGAUGGAUUCCAGGACAGCUCGGAUAACUGUCCUUCAGUUCCCAACAGUGAUCAGUUGGAUACAGAUGUCGACGGUAUAGGUGACAACUGUGAUGAUGAUGAUGACAACGAUGGCGUUCCAGACACCAGUGACAACUGCCGGCUGGUUGUGAACCCGACACAGCUGGACACCAACAGCAACUCGGUCGGCGAUGCCUGCGAGGACGAUUUCGAUAACGAUAACGUGGUGAACUGGAUUGACGUGUGUCCGGAAAAUGCGGCCAUUCAGAAGACAGACUUCCGCGCCUUCCAGACAGUUGUCCUUGAUCCGGAGGGAGAAGCUCAGAUAGACCCCAAUUGGGUGGUUCUGAAUGAGGGAAAGGAAAUUGUGCAGACUAUGAACAGCGAUCCAGGUCUGGCCGUUGGCUUUACAGGUUUCAACGGCGUGGACUUCAGUGGAACCUUCUACGUCAACACAGAGACCGAUGACGACUACGCAGGCUUCAUCUUCUCCUACCAGGACAGCGGCAGCUUCUAUGUCGUCAUGUGGAAACAGAAGGAGCAGACCUACUGGCAGGCCACGCCCUUCAGAGCCGUCGCGGAGCCAGGGCUUCAGCUUAAGGCUGUGAAGUCGAACACUGGUCCAGGAGAGAUGUUGAGAAAUGCGCUGUGGAACACAGGAGACACAGAGUCUCAGGUAAAACUUCUGUGGAAGGACCCCAGGAAUGUCGGAUGGAAGGACAAGGCCUCCUACCGCUGGAAACUGGAGCACAGGCCGAGUGUUGGGUACAUCAGGGUCCGCCUGUACGAGGGACAGAAUUUGGUGGCCGACUCGGGAACGAUCAUCGAUACCACCAUGAGGGGAGGUCGACUGGGCGUCUUCUGCUUUUCACAGGAACAGAUCAUUUGGUCUGACCUCACCUACACGUGUAACGAUACACUUCCUGAUGCGUUCACGACUGGCCAGAGUUACGGCCAGAGAUACUACUAACCAGGAUCAUCUCAUAAACACAACACCAUCCAACCAACGUCUUCCACUGUUCUGUUUAUGAAGGACAUUCCAGUUUAACACGAAGACAGCUAGUUGAUGUCACCUAUAGUUCGAUUAAUCCUACCGCGUGUCUGAUGUAUUAUGACAGUGAGAUUCAGCAGCAGUAAAUAUCUGCCUUUAAUAUUGAUUUUGACGUGACAGGCAGCUCAUAUUGGGUUAUGGUUCAUCCAAGAAAACAAACUAACCAUCACUUAGGAUACGUCCUAUUUAUGGCAAUAGCCUUUUUUAGAUGUAAGAAUUUGAUGUAUGAUGAUGAUGAUGGUAUCCGUUACUAUGGAUAUAUGGGAUUCAUUGAUAAAACUCAUUUUAUACUUUUUUUUAUUAAAUCAAUAUGUUAGAAAACGAUAAGUGCAUUUGUAUGAAUCAUGCUUUGAAUAUAUCUUUAAUUCUAGUAAUGAGACAAUAACAGUGACACAGGCAUAAUAGUCAGUACUAUAUUUGUUGAGGUGGCAUAUCAUGAUUUAGUGUUGAUGUGAUUCCUUCAAUAUCUGUGCUUUGUUGCUUGUUCCUUUUUGUAUCGGUGACUCAAAUAACUUGUAAUAAUCAUACUUCCAUUGAGAGACCAUCUAUAACAUUACGCCUCUAACGACUUUCUAACAUCCAACACAUUGCUAUACAAGGCCUAUGGCCACAACAUUUGAAGUGUAUAGUAUGUGAUGUGUGCAUAGACGAUAUGUAAUAAAUGAAAGUGCUGAAAUUUAUAUGGUCUGUGUAUUCAGUUUCAAUGGUUUGGGACUUUGGGGUAUUGUGUCGUAAUAUUGCUUUGUUAUCAUUGGUCUUUGUAAUAGUGCUCUUGCACAAAAGGAUUUGCAUGUAGAUGAUUGAUACUUCAAUGUGACCGCAUAUUAAAUUAUGCCAGGUAUUAUAUUUUAUGUAGUAGCUUUGUCUCACAGUCUGUCACUACUACAUCAUAACGUUUCUAGAGAGAUGACAACAUUACUUUUAUGUAUUUCAAUAAGCAUACCCCGCUGAAAAGAAAGGCUAGUUUCAAAGAGAAUAUUUUUAAAAGGACCUCCAAUGCAAGUUCAGGGCCGCAAAACUGAAUUUUCAAA